CCCUUGCCUUCUACUUUCAACAUCUCUGGCUUCGACCAGCUUGCCGCGCAAUUAAAUCAUGGAUUACCAGAAUCGUGUUGGCUCCAAGUUCGGAGGCGGUGGUGUCGCGGGCGCGUCUGAAUCGAAUGUAGACAGACGAGAACGUCUGCGAAAGCUUGCCUUGGAGACAAUCGACCUUGCCAAGGACCCCUACAUCCUUCGCAACCACCUUGGUUCACUAGAAUGUCGUCUCUGCUUAACGUUACACACAAACGAAGGCUCCUACCUUGCCCAUACACAAGGAAAGAAACAUCAAACGAACCUUGCGCGUCGUGCAGCCCGAGAUGCGAAAGAAACACAGUUAACGGUCACUCCCGCACAAAGCAAUGUGCAACGAAAAGUCUUCUUGAAGAUUGGACGGCCUGGCUAUCGCGUCACUAAAAUACGUGAUAGGGACACUGGAAAGGAGGGCAUGAUGGUCCAGGUCCAUUUGCCUCAAAUCAAGCCCGGGGUUAUGCCACGGCGGAGGUUCAUGAGUGCAUGGGAGCAGAAAAGGGAGCCACCGAACAAGGCAUACCAAUACCUCAUUGUUGCUGCAGAACCUUAUGAGACGAUCGCAUUCCGCAUCCCCGCACGAGAGAUCGAAGAUGAGAGCGACGACGCUGGUCACUGGAAUUGGUCGCACUGGGACCCAGACACCAAGCAAUACAGCUUCCAAUUCAUGUUCCGCCUUCAAUACUAACUUCCUUUGUACAUUUAUUUUGUCUCUUUUUGUAAUCCCAUUGUAUAUUGAGCCCA